GUGGAUGUACAUCAACAACGUAUAUACGAUACGAUACCCACACUUAUUCUGCUACUUUGCGUAUGUGUAUAUUCUCUCUAAAAUAGUGUGUUCUUCUUUAAUACGAUGGAUGGAUAGAAAUAAGAGUAUAGUGCGCUCUUUAUAAGAAUGUAUUUCAUUGGAACGAGUUUUUAAGGCUAAAAUUCUGGCAACAACAUUGCUCGCUGGCUGAAAAGGAGACGACGACAAGACAGCGGAACUAUUUUAUAUUUAUAUUAUUAUUAUAGAGAAAGAUAUAUAUACAUACUAAAUCCGCCAAUAAUAAGUAAAUAAUUCAUUCAUUCAUUCAGUUCUUCAUUCAUUCAUUUGUUAAGUUUAGCAGCUCGAUUUCCUUGAAAAGAGUUCUCGAACAGUUUGGAAGGGGAUUGUUUUUAGCUUUAGUUUGUGUGGGGGGUUUAGUUAAUAAUUAAUUAAGGAAGGGGGGAAGAAGACGACGAUUUCUUGGUGGGAAAAGAAAAUUGAAACCUUUUUUUGGCAAAAUGUGAUGGAAAUGGAUGGAAAAUGGACUGGUGGAUCGUCUACUAAAUAAUAAUAAGGGUGACGAAGAAGAAGAAGUAAAUUUAGUGAACUUGACCUACGGCCUCGCUCGUGAGUACAUUUUUAAUGUACAAUUGAUGACUGAUUGACUUGUUGGAGCAAUUAAAGUUGGAACAUCUGCUCGGUAGUAGGAAUGAAGCUCCCUGAUUCGUAAGGACGUAAGGAUUUCGAUAAGAAAAAGUGCAGGACAACGAACGACAAGCCGAAGAAAGACUGAGAUUGAUUGUUAAAGAAGACGCGUCGCGUGAAAACAAUUCCUUAAACACAAACCGACCUCGUAUUUAAAACUAAACGUUGCAAUAAUUUACUUGUAAAUCACCAUUUGUGGAUUAUCUUCUGGAAAUCUAAUCUGGAGAUCGAGGGAGAAGCGAAGACUGAUAAGCAAGAGACAGACAAACGUGGAAAAUUCUUCUACACGGCCAAUAAUAAAUAAUAGCGUACUAACUGUGAGUGAGAAAAAGAGGAAAUAUGUGUCCUUAAUAACUGAAAAAGAAGGUUCAGCUACAUUCUAUUCAAUCCGUGGCCUGGCAGCUGAGAUAACGUAAACAACAGUCACAAUGAAAGUGCUGGUGGAACUAAUUCUCGGUCAUCGGGCCGCAUUACGAGAAAAGCCAACGAUCGAAGGCUACAGCCACGACUGGGAAGUAUACGUAAAAGGAGAUCAAGGCAAUAAUAUCCAGUCGUUCGUGGACAGAGUAAUAUUCACAUUGCACGAUAGCUUUCCUAAACCGAGGAGAGUGGUAAAAGAGCCUCCAUAUUGCGUCAAGGAAUCCGGAUAUGCAGGAUUCAUCGUUAAUAUAGAGAUUCUUUUCAAGAACAAGGAUGACCCUAAAAAAGCCGAGUUCAGUUACGACCUCUUCCUCCAAUCGGGCGGACCCGCAAUAUCUCCAUCACGCAAGGAAAAACUAAUUUUCAACUAUCCGAGUGAAGAAUUCACCAAAAAAUUGAUCAAAGGAGGCGGAAAAGUUUUAGAGAAAUCGAGUCAUUCUUCCGAAAAGGGUUCCAUUUCCAGCCACACUUCCGCCACGGGCGGCCCCAACAGCAAUCAUCACUCGGGAGGAGGAAAAUCCAAACCUGCCGCGGCCGCCACGGCGGCGAAAUCCUCGCCAAAAAAUUCAUUCGAGAACUUAUUCGGGACACCGAUCAAGCGUCAAUCCGCUCCCGUCGUGAUUCCACCGCCGACCUCGUCCACGUCCGUGUCGUCGUCGUCAGCAGCGAAUUCUUCUUCGAGUAGUAAAGUGAAUUCCUCCAGUUUUAAAGAGAAGGAUAGUAAAUCGUCGUCGUCGAUAAGUGAAAAGGACAAAGAUAAGGAGAAAAGUGGGAGCAGUAAGCACGAUAAGUUGUCUUCUUCGUCGUCCUCCUCGUCAUCGAAAAGUUCGAGUAAAUCGCCACUAACGCCGCCUGAUACCGUGAGUGCCACGUCGUCCUCCUCCUCCUCAAAAUCGGGGUCGUCCUCCAAAAAUAAAUCCGAUUCGGGUAAAAAGAAGGAGAAAAGCGGGUCGAAAAACAUGCUACCUCCGAGCAAUACGUCCGUUCCGAAGAAUAAAGUGAAGCAGCAGUCGAGUUCCUCCAUAAUAUUUUCCGAGAACAGUAACAGCAACCCAAGUCCACCGAUAAGCUCGUCGACACCAACGACGAAUAAGUCGUCCUCGUCAAAGUCUGAUAAGUCCUCAAAAUCCAAAUCGAAAUACGACACGGAACGGAUCAGCCUUUACUCCAAUUCGUCUUCUUCACAUAAGAAAUCCGACAAAGAUAACCCACGCCCCUCGUCGCGAAGUAGUUCUGGAGGAGAUAAGCAGCAAGUGUUAAGUCCUAUUUCGUCAAGCAGCUCGUCCUCUGGGGGAAGCACGUCACGGUCUUCGUCCCCGUCAGCAAGUGCCAUGAAUUCGGACGAGGAUUCGAUCGGAUCGGUGGAUCAUGUCCCCACUCCGGGCGGGGGCAGUGGCUCCGGGGGGAAAAAGUCGCCCUCCAGUCGAAACGGAAAUGGCGUGUCGACAUCGAGAAAACGGAAACGGUCGCGGAGUCAAAGUCCUACGUCCAUUUCGUCCCCGGCCACGUCGUCAUCAUCGUCGUUAAGCAAUACGAGUGUGGAUGUGCCCAUGAGUAGUUCAAGAAAGCGGAAGGGGGGCGAGUCAUCGAGCGAGUCGGGGAGUCCACCCUCCUCGAAAAAUAAUAAGGGGGACAAGUCUGCCCCCCUCAUUUCCAGCAGUAAGGACUACAAGGAGGCGAAAAAGUCGAAAAAGAUCUCAGAAAAGGGGGGAAGCAGUAAAAUGUCGUCUUCGUCGAAAGUGAUGAGUAGUGAAGAAGUGUCUUCCGCGAUAAGCCCGGACCCGGGUACGCCACCACCGAGUAAAAUGUCAUACAAGAAACAUAGCAAUUCCUCCUCCGUAGUAAUAACGGCGCCGGCGGAUGCGGGUAAAAAGUCGGGUUCGUCGCGAUCAUCGUCAUCAAAAGGGGGGAAAUCUUCUGGGGACGGGGGGAGAAGUUCGUCAUCUCUGGCGCCGACCUCGUCGACAAGUCGAUCCUCCUCUUCCUCCAAACAUUCUCGAUCGCACCAUCACAACAACGACCGUGAAAUGAUGCAGCACGAUUUAGUGAAACGGGAACCGGACGAUUCAGAGGAAGAAGAUCCCGACCCGGAUUCGGAGGAUGAUGAUGACGACAUCGAUAACGACCACGAUAACCACCACCACGGCGAUGAAAAUGACGACAGUUUGGGCGUCGGCAUGCAGACGGAUUCGGAUUCGCCCGCAUCGUACAUCAGUGGCAGCGAGGAGAACGGCGUUUCCAAUUCGAACCAUCACCACCACCACAAUAGUCAUGCGACCUUUAAUGGAAAUGAGGGUGGCGGGAGUGGGGGAGGGGGAAUAACGGCGGGGGGAACUUUGGCCUCAGUCAUGCCGGCGUUGCGGGGAGCAUAACGGCGGAAAUGAAACUACUGAAAGAUCUCCACACCCGGAUUUCCGCCCUCAUCAACGAAGACCCCAAUAAACUCCAGCAAAUCGUGGAUAUCGUGGAGUCCUCGGGAAAAGACUAUUUCACAAUGGAGACUGGCAUCACGUUUGACUUUGAUUUAUGCAAAUUGAACUCUUCCACAAUCAGAAAAUUGCAACAGGCUGUCUUAUCGUAAAAAUAGAAGUUCAUUAUUAUCGACGCCAUUUUUUUUUGAUGAAUCCUAUAAAAACUAUCUAUGCAACAAAUAACUUGUUUUUUUGAGGGGGGGAGGGUUACAGACUGGAGAAGGGGGGAAUUUCUUAAGCAGUGGGGGAGGAAGGUUGGGGGGACAUGUGGGGACAUUAAUUGAAUUUCUGGGGGGACAAUGCCCCCUGUUCCCCCCCCUUCCGCCACCAAUGUUCUUACCGUACUAUUAAUUAACCAACCAACCAAAACCACAUCGAAUAUUCGUUGUGACUUGUGACUUAAUAAGAAGAAAUGAAGAAAAAACAGCAAAUUAGUGAGGUUUUUGAUACUAAAAUUCUUCUACUUUUUAGGGUAAAAAUAAUUCUUGCAAUUGUACUAAAAAACUUGUUGUAGCCAUAAAUAACUAUGUAAUUAGCUGUCUCUUCUGUUUAGUAGAGAGAACUUUUUCACGUGAUAAAUCAGUAUGCAGUUAGAAAAUAGGAAGAUUUCGAUAGAAAUUUAAAUUUUUGUAAAAAUGAGCCUUUUAACAUGUUUAAAAUACUUGUAACAUGACAUAAUUACACUGAUUUCUGAGUGAGUUUGUCUUUUUUUGUCUAUUUUUUCGUAUUUAUUUUAUGUAUUAAUUACAUAAUUAGUUAAUUAAUCAAUUAAUUUAAUUAAUUAAAAUUACCGAGGUUGUUACUUUUUUACCAGAACCAUCACAUGAAAACAUGGACAAUUUAAAAUAUGUAUCAUUAAUUAAUUAAUUAACCAACCACGUAAGUAAAUCUAUUAUUUGGCCAGUAGUUGUUUACCGAGUUGUGAAACAAGCAUGUUAAUUAAUUAAUUAAUUAAUUAGUUAAUUAUUUACUUUUCUUAAUUUUCAAUCAUUUAAAGUUAAAGAGAGAAAUAUUUUCUUAAGCUCAUCACAUAAAUAAUUUGUUAGCUUUUACGAUGUCAUUAUUUAAUGAAUACCUUACCUACCUAACUGAUGCACAUUUUGACUUGUACUAGAUUUUAGAAAAAAAUAGAAGAAAGUUACCAAAUUGUUGGCCUUAGAAGAAGAAAAAGAACACCGAAAGAAACUGACCCAAGAUUUUCUAGGGUGUAAUAUUUUUUGCUAAUUUGUAUCUAUCUACGACCGUGUGUUCAGUAGUGUUGUUUCGUUGUAUGUAAAUAUCUAUAAUUCGUGACGUGCUAAUUUAUCUGUAAUGAUAUUGUUGACUGUGCUACAUUAUGUUUUAAGUUGUGUUACAUUUUUAUGUAGAAAAAAGUAAGAAAGCCAAAAAAAUAGGGGUGGAUGAAAUACUAGGGAAAAAUUAUUUUGAUCAUCCCUGCCAAAAUCAAAAACCAACCACAUCACAUCAAUUUUUUGUACCAAGACGAAAAAAAACGUAUCGGUGGUGUGUGACGUACUAUUAAUUGUUAAGAUAACUAACGGGAUAAGAAAAGAUAACCUCAAUCAAUCACUUAAGUUGUUAAGGUUAAUAAAAAGUGUGAACUUUAUACGAACAAGUAGUAUUAGUAAAAAAGUAUACAUACAUAAAAAUACAUAGUUAGCUAGACUUAUGUAUCAUGCAAUGAUUAGUUGGUAGGAAUUGAUCUUUUUUGGGCGUCAAUUCAGUAAUAAAUUGUUGAAUAAUAAAAUCAAAUAAAAGAAUGGAUAAAAUCAUAAA